AACUCAACCGUCGUCAAUUAUUAUUUGUGAGGUGUGUUUCUUUCACCCUCAGACAAUCCCUCACGUGUCCCCCAAACCUCUCCAACGAAUCUCCACCACAUUUCUUUCCAAAUAUACGACAAUACUUUCCCAAAACAACAACACAACAACAGUACUAUUACCAUUACCAUUACCGAAACCAUUAUCCUUCUCUCUUCCCCCCGCCAAUUAAUCCCCAACUGCCAUAACUAACUUUUUCCUCAUGGAGUCCGUCGCCUCCAGCUCCUCCCCUCCCCACCACCACCGCCCCCGCCCCCGCCACCGCUUCAACCCCACUCAACCCUUCUCCGACCGUGUCAUCCGCGCCAUUCGCCACCGCCUCCGCCUGCUCCACCGCUCCGACUCCCUCUUUUUCAUCCUUGGCGCCACUGGAAACGUCUACACCGUCAACAUCUCCGCCACCCCAUCCUGCACCUGCCCCGACCGUACCACUCCUUGCAAACACAUACUCUUUGUGUUCAUUCGAGUACUUGGUGUUCCUCUCGAUGAUUCUUGCCUGUGCCGGCGGACGCUCCGGCCGUGCCAGCUUCACCGCCUGCUUAACCUCCCCACUUCCAGCGAAGCACUUGCCGGCGCCGCCGUCAGAGAGAUGUUUCACCAGCUUUUCUUCCAGGCAAGGGGCACAAGUGGUUCACGGCGGCCGGAUGUGGUGGCGGACGGUGGCACCGCCUGCCCCGUUUGUUUGGAGUAUAUGGGAAGAGAUGAGAGGGUGGUGGCGUGCAAUACUUGCAAGAAUGUGAUACACGAAGAGUGUUUCUUGGCUUGGAAAAGGAACUGCCGGAGAAGGUCAGCCACCUGCGUGCUGUGCCGUGCGCGGUGGCGGAACGGCGGUGAUGAUCAAGAAAAGUAUUUGAAUCUCUCGGCUUAUGUCAGUGAAGAUGAUAUGACGGAGGUGGAGGCACAGGCAGAGGGGAGAUGCAGCAGUGAUCAAUUAGUAGUUUAAUUAGACAAUUAAUUAAGAUUUAAUUUAAUUUAGUGCAAUUAGCUUAGGCAGGGUACUGCACAUUCAUUAAUUUGUAAAUACAUGCUUAAUGAAUUUCAUCCUUCUCAA